AUGUCCGACGAAAACGCCACGAAGACGGAGACGCGCGCCGUAACGGUGUUCUGCGGGUCGUCGAAGGGGAGGGACGUCGCGUUCACGAACGCAGCGAAGUCGUUAGGAAAGGCGCUUGCCGAGGCGGGGAGGCCGCUUGUCUAUGGAGGAGGAUCGGCGGGGAUCAUGGGCGCCGUCUCCGGGGCGGUCCUGGACGCGGGCGGGCAGGUGACGGGGGUCGUGCCGUACGCGAUGGUCGCUGCGGGCGGGGAGGUCGAGCAAACGAAGGGUACCCACACGCCGCAUGUGCAGCUGAAGGAGAAGGGGAGAGAAAAGGCGGAAGUGGUCGUCGUGAACUCCAUGCACGAGCGGAAGGCGGAGAUGGCCAAGCGCUCUUGCGCGUUCUUCGGCCUUCCUGGCGGGUUCGGCACGUUCGAAGAGGUCCUCGAAGUCGUUUGUUGGUCACAGAUCGGCAUCCACAGCAAACCUGUCCUCGUCCUGAAUGUUCUCGGCUUCUGGGACCCAUUGCGCGACCUUGUUAAGAACGGCAUUCGCAGCGGCUUUAUCUUGGAGAAGAAUGAGAAGCUCCUCCGUUUCGUGGAGGGUCCUGAAGACCACGCCGAGCACGAGAGCUUCGACUGGGGCAAGGCUGCCGUGGAGGCUCUCGAAACAUGGGAAGGUGUCGCGGCGAGCCACUACUACAAUUGGCACCUGCGCAAGGACGGCAAGACAGAGGAGGAUGCGAUGGGCGCGACGUAA